AUGACAUCAACGAAACCAACUUGUUCACUUUGCGAUGUCUCCUUUGACAACAGUCUGGAGCAUCGAGUGCAUGCCAAGAGUGAGGCUCAUGUCCAAGCCUUGAGGAAUCGUGCGGCUGCUUCGGGUCUAAUCGAGCAGCUAACCGAGGACAGCGAUACAUUUUCGCAUACAAGCAAUGAUGCAGAAGAGCUCUCAAGUAGCGACGAUGAAACCGGAGGCGAGAGUUCGAGCAGUGCGAUCCCUGAAUUUGAUCCCACAAAAUGCAUCAUCUGCACGCACAGCGACGAAAGCUUUGAUCACACCCUUCUUCACAUGGAAACCGCUCACGGACUACGUAUACCGUUCCGGGACCGUCUAAUCGUGGACUUGGAGACAGUGACAUGGUAUCUCUACUUCCUAGUGGCCACAUACCGCGAGUGCAUCUACUGCGGAACACGAAGACGGACGGUAGAGGGGAUUCAGCAGCACAUGAGAGAUAAAGGCCACUGCAGGGUUGAGUUGUCAGACGAGAUGCAGGAGUUUUAUGACCUCGAAGGUCUAAAGGCUCAUGGUCGAGAGAACGCGGUUUCAGUUGAUAACGAGAGUCUUCGGCUAUCAUCAGGCAAGAUCCUUUCACAUCGUGAUGCUCCCGUCACAAAACCGCGCCGAACGUCGCCGCAAGAAGACACUGAGGAGAAGAGGGCACCUCUUCCCAGCCAAGCGGCUUCUCAUGCACUUACAGCCAGAGAUGAAAAAGAUGCCGCACUUGCGUCUCAAUUAGCGCGACUCAGUGUCAAGGAUCAGCAGAGUCUGAUACAUCUGACAUCAUCGGAACAGAGGAGUUUCCUCCUGCAGAGGAAGAAGGAAUUGGAUGCAGUUCGUCGGUCGGAAAGAAAGAUGAGGCUGAAGACGGAGAGAUUGAGUAACAGGACUAUGAUGACGCACUUCAAGAAUGAUGUUCCGGGGAGGAGUAAUGGAUAA